AACGAAAUUUUUUUUUCAGAUGAUGAGAGUUCUUGUGUUAUUAUGUCUAUGUUUUACCAUUUGUGUUGGUCAGAAUCGACGUUGCUCAUCGCCAUCCAAUGAAGACAUUAAACCAUGCACAUGCAUGCAAGACUCUGGAAACAGACUAUAUAUUUAUUGCGAAGGACUUAGCUCAUUAGACGAGUUACGCAGCGCCGUAAAAGGAAUGAAAAAUUUAAAAAUUGACACUUUGGAAUUGUCUAAAUCGAACAUUGGCACUCUUCCUGCUGACAUUUUCAAAGAUGUAGAAAUACAAAUUUUGACUAUCAAGUUUACCACUCUCACUAGCCUCAGUGAAAGUCUUAAUCGACCCCCUUAUUUAGGACUUGAGAGCUCCCUUGAAAAAAUUGAAAUAAGAGAUUGUUUCAUUGAUGACAGUAAUCCACUUACAAGAUUGUCAUUUGCUCACUUGAAAAAAUUGUCUGUUAUUCAACUUGAAGGCAACAUUAUUCCAACUAUAGGUAAUGAUAUGUUUGAGAGUGGACCGUAUGGAGUAAAAGAACUGUAUCUCCUGCAAACAGAUACUAAAAUCCUGGGAAGUCAUGCAUUCUCUUCGUUGCCGAAUCUUCGAAAAAUCAGUCUUACAGGUGGAGCCUUUGAGCAGAUUUCACGAAAAGUUUUCCCUGAACCAGCUACAUUCCUCGAAUCGAUAGAUUUAAGGUGAGUUUUAUUUUAGCAU